AUGCCUCUCUGCACACUCCAUUUGCUGUCCCUCCAUUGCACAACGCCAAAUCCUCUCUUGACAUUCCUUUCGGCGCUCAGUUCGUCCAAUGUAUUCCCCCUUGUUGUAUCCCGCGUCAUCCGCUGGAUAAUUCUCCCGUCCAAGCUCUCCACCGAGCACUUGCUCGCUCAAAACAUCAGCUGGGACCUGCUACUCGUCGUACCAGGCACAGACGCCCUCCCUUCUGACCUGGCCAAGCACGUGCAACACCACUGGAGUGUAACCGCUGGCAUUCCAUCGCGCUUGAUCCAAGAUUUCUCCUCCAAGAAUAACAAGCUUCUGCAUCCAGACCCCAGUACCAUACCACAGGCCCAAGCUCACGCCCACAAGAAAACGACUCUGUCAAGCCAGAGCCUCGAACUCAGCGACGAGUUGAAUCGAUGGAUCCAAAAUUUUGUGAACAGCGGUGCCGAGGAAGGCAAAGGCGCAGUGUCCAUGUUCAAUCUUCUCGCCUUCAACCCCGGAAUGAAGGACGAAUACCUCAAGUACGGCACCGCAUUUGCAAAAUCCAUUGGCUCCAAGCACGGUGGCAAUGCAAAGAUAGUCGGCAACGCCACACAUGUAAAUGGGGCGUCUAUCGCCAAAGCAUCUAAGAGUAGUGUUGGUAGUAAUAGCGAGGCUGGCGGCGGUAAAGAUGACUGGGAUGAGAUUGCCCUGGCGCACUAUCCUAGUAUCUUGCACUUCAGGGAUAUGUUGGCCAGCGAGGAUUACCAGGAGGUGAAUAAGAAACAUCGCGUGCCGAGCUUGAGGGAUACUUGUAUUCUGAUGACGAGCGAAACUGCGAUAGAGGAGAUGAUGAGGGAGCGUAAGGGGGCAGCGAGAUUGUGA